AUGGGAGCAGGUCCUGUUUGCUGUAUUACCCCUAAGGCAUAAUACAGAGAAAAAGAUCAACCUAAUAACACAAUCAUGAAGAACAAGGAAUCGAAUAAGAGUAUAAUUCAUAAUAACAACUAGUCAGCUUUAAGCGAGUCUUCUCAUCCUUGUCUUCUUAGUAACGACGAUCCUACAAAUCAGAAAGUUAGCCAAGCUAACUCAAACCUAGUUAGGUAAUUAUAAACUACUGAUUCAAGGACUAAAUUGACAUUAGUAAAUAAAACAGACUUACAGCAUCAAACUCUUAAGAAUGUCCAGUCAUAGAAAGUGCUUGAUGUACGUAAUCAAGAGAACUAUAACUUAAACAAUGAAAAUAUAGAUAAAAGUAUUCAGGGCUGGAUUUAAGGCAAAGAAAAGUCAACUGUCAUAGUAAAGAAUGCUGCGAAUGCUGAGCUAAACAAGGACAACACCUAGUUUGUUGGCAGAUCAAUUUCAAAGAUCAAUGCCACUGUUAGAUCAUCAAAGCAAGUAAGCCUCAUGAACUCAAACGUUCAUAGUAAAAAUGGCAAAAAGAAAAAAGGAAAAAAGAAGAAGAAGGGAGUUGCUAAGAAUCAACCUCAGCCAUCUCUCAUCAUUAAUAGCAGUAAAAAUCAGACUAAAAACGAUAAGACUAAUACUAAUAUGAUGGAGAGUAAAUCUGUAGAUUUUUAGAUUACCUAUAUUGAAAGGAAAUAAGACUCAUUCUACCAGAAGGGAAGUAUCACAAAUGUGACUAAUUUCUUAAGAUCUGCUAACAUAACGAAUGAGCAGCUAGCUGGUUUGAGAUCCACUAGGUUCAUGAAUUAAAAAUCAAUCAAUUAAGAUGAGCAAAUGAUGUUUAGCGAUCUAAUUUUAAGAGAGAAGAUGAACUCUGCUCUGGAAACUUCCAUGCCAAAUAGAAGUAGGAAGUACCUUGAUGGUCGACCGUCAGAAGAAUAGAAAGUUUCACAACACUUGAGUAAACCUAAUUUCUAACAGCCUGGAAAUGGAAUGGUAAAGUCCCCUUACUUCAAUCAUUCUCAUCCGGACAGCGAUGCAAUCACAACAAAAAACGAGCGAAGCGUGAGAACAAGACAAUACCCAGUGAUUGGAACAUAUCAAGAUGACUACGAAAUUGCCAGUGGAGGGGGGCAAUUAGCUGGAGAUGUUGACGAAGAUUACUGUUAUGAAUAAGGUGAUCCACUAGAAGAUGAAGAUGAUGAAAGUUUUGAAAAGGAAGGAAUUUCGCCUAAUGAAGCUUGCUACAUUGACGUUGAUCCAAUAGAAUUGAACAAUCUUAUACCUCUCAACGACUCUAUCGCUUUGAUUAGAGCCGUUUAAUAUAAAGGAAGAACUAAAAUGAUUGACAGUAAGGCUUUUCAUCUCUGGGAGCCUACUAUCCAUGAGAGAGCUAAUUUUUACAACUCGAAUCCAUCUCCUUAUACGGAUGAAAAGGUUGACAUUAAACUUGGAAUAGAUUAAGUGUGGAAAAGAAUAGGAGAAAUAUCUAAGACUCCUUAUUUAAUGAAGGAAGAAUUUUAACCUAGUAAAAUAUUUAUAGGAGAAUCCUCGAGCGAAUCAAUAGUCUGUGCUUUGAUUUCAGUCAUUAACCAUGACCUUAAGUUUAGUACUAACUACAUUGGACAAUCACUGUAUCCGCAAAAUAUGGUUGGAAAUAAAUCAAUACUUCAAAAUAGCAAACCUAUACUAAAUAAGCACGGAAAAUAUGGUGUGAAAUUAUUUCUAAAUGGAGCUGAGAGACUAAUUGACAUUGAUGAUAGACUUGUCUAUGAUGUCAAAAAACAAAAGCAUUAAUUCUGCACAUACGAGCCUUUAGCUCGUGAUGACUUCUGUCUUGCACUAAUUGAGAAAGCAUUUUGUAAAUUGUAUGGAGGCUAUGAUUCCAUGUCCAAACUUUAAUAAAAUCCUUCUAUUGACAUUCAUCAUCUGACGAACUGGAUACCAGAGACAGUCAAUUUUGAAGAUUUGAAUAACAAGGAAAGCUUAUGGGGCAGAUUAUUGUAAAAUUUUAGAGAGCAAAACAUUAUAAUCUGCUUGCAAGAAAAUGUGAUUGACUAGGAUUUGCAGGGCAGUCGAAGUUAAGGUAAUGGAAUUAAAGAAUAAAAGAGAUUUUAUGCUGUUUUGGAUCUAAUUGAGACUAAUGACCUAAAGAUCAUAUAAUGUAAGAGUCCAUAUAAGAAUGAAAAGAGAUUGAUGUAAUUCAUUCAUGAUAACUCCUAAUUACCCAUGCAAUUUCAAAGGGAAAAUAAGCUUGUUCUUGACACUGGAGUAUUCUACAUGGUUUGGUAAGAUGAUAUCUCCGACUAUUUCAGCUGUAUCACUCUCUGCUGGAAUCCAAAAAUCUAUCCAUUCAUUAAGAGUGUUACUACAAAAUUUGAUUUUACUCUAGAUAGAAAUAUCAAGUUUAACUAGCCACAGUUCAGUGUUUAUAACUGUCCAUAAGUACUAUUCACUAUACCGCCUCAUUAAGAAGACUUUGAAAUAAGAAUCAUGCUAAGAAAGCAUGUGAAGUCAUUCUAAGUUCACAAUAAAAUCUAGUUUAAAUUAUUUACCUUUGAUGGAUAAAGAAUAGUAUAUCCUAACGAGACUCUAAGAAACUCCUUGCCAAACUCAAGAGAGAUUAUGUCUGACGUGUUUAUAUUUGAAAACUCAUAAGAAUAUGAGUGCUAUGUAUUAGUGCUGAUUAAUGAAGGUGAUGAGGAUAUGAGUAAAAUCUAUGAAUACUUCACUCUGGAUGUUUAUUCUUUCAUUGAUGUCGAUCUCAAAGAACUUCCAAUGCCAUCUUAUGACAAAUAAUAUGUUCUAUCUGGAUAAUGGUGUCAAAAGCAGUAGAAAUAGAUGAGCAAUGCUGGUGGUUUAGGGGCUUCGUAAUAAACAACUGCUGGCCAUGGAGGCAGCAAUAACAAAAAUUCAAUAGUAUAGGCACCUUUAUAGAUAAUUUAUAAUCCAUAAUAUCGAAUUAAGGUAUUUGAGCCCACUCAUGUAUAACUUAAUCUUGAUACUAUUGAUACCUAUGAUGUGAUGCUUUCAAUUCAUCAAUCAGGAAAUGGAGCUCCUGAGGAGCCAUUCUAAAAUUUUUUAGCUAAUUCUAAUCAAGGAUUCUUUGUAAAAGGUUUCGGAUUCAUGGAAAUUAUCCUUGAUCCCAUGGAAUAUACUUUGCUUGGUGAUUUCAGAGUUGAACUGAAAAAGAUUAUCUCAUCAAAGUUUGAGUAUCAUAAAGAUUUCAUUAUUGAAGAACUUGAGCCAAAGGGUAUGCCGUAAGAGGCAAGGCCAAGCAAAGUGCCAUAUAACUAGCAUAACUCAAAUAAAAAUGAAAAAGUUUCAUAAAUUGAAAUUAAUUAGUUGUUCAUGAAAUCAGAUAUGAAUAAGAUGAAAUAAGAGCAGCUUAACUUUAAGAACUAGUUUAACAUAGAAAUCAGGAAAAUGCAGGAUGACAUUACCGACUUAAGGGAUAUAAAUCUUAAAUUUGAAAACAAAUUCGAUAAUUUGUUCAGCGCUUUGACUGAACUUGCAGAUAAUCAAAAGAAAAUGCAAGGCAAUAUGUUAAGUAUUCAAAAUAAUGUAAUGACGAUGGAUCAGAAUGUUUCUUCGAUGAGAAGCGAUAUGAAUUUAAUAACAAAUCAAAUUAAGAACUAGAAAAAGCAGUGA